GCUGGAGCCGGAAGCCACUGUCUCCCGGGUGAACGAGGCCGUCGCAACGAGGGGAGGCGAGUGUGGUACCCAGGGCCAGGCUUCGGGAAAACAGAACACUCCCCGGAGCAGGUUUGCCCUCCUACAGACAUGGGGCGCAGAAAGUCCAAACGGAAGCCACCCCCCAAGAAGAAGAUGACAGGCACCUUAGAGACCCAGUUCACCUGCCCCUUCUGCAACCACGAGAAGUCUUGUGACGUGAAAAUGGACCGGGCCCGCAACACCGGAGUCAUCUCGUGUACCGUGUGCCUAGAGGAGUUCCAGACGCCCAUCACAUAUCUGUCAGAACCGGUGGACGUGUACAGCGAUUGGAUAGAUGCCUGCGAGGCAGCCAACCAGUAGCGAUGCAGAGGACCCACUCCCGCGGCAACCCUGCCUGCCGUGGACCUGCCCCGCUGGGUGCCAAUCCAGAGACAUUCCAGGGUCCGCGGUGUGGGUCCAGGGCCUUCACAGCCCUCUGCGUGUAUGGAGUGGGUGUGGGUGCGAGUGUGGCCGUGGCAGCGUGCCUGUGGGCACGGACUGGAGUUGAGGCGGGGUUGUUGGGCCCCCCCCGGGGGCCUGAAGUGCUUCCCUUGGCUCUGAAAGCCUUGAACUUGCUUGCUCCUCCUCGGGGCCCACGUCCUGACGUUCUGGGCAAGGACGAGCCCAGCAGAGGCUGCCAGGGGACUCUCCAGCCUCCUCACCCAUCUCACCAGCACCGUGUGAACUGGACUGUCCCCCGCCCCUCCCCUGCCUCCCUAGGCCUGUGGCCUGGGAUUCAAAGCCACAGUCCCACAGGCAGCCCCUUUUCCUGUUUAGUUGCUUUUGUAGAGGAGGAAGGGGCUGGGCUGGGGGUCGCCGUCGGUCACGAGCCCCUAAAUAAAGCAGCUGAUGCAAA